UCGUAAACGUUUUUCUAAAAAUUGCAUAUAGUGUCAGUCUAUCAGUAACGUUGUUUCGCUACGUGUGCCUUUCUGUCGUUAACAGCAAUUGCGAAUUGAGUUUACAAAUGUCCACCGACAAUCUAUCAGCGGUUUUGUAUGGAAUCAAUGAUCUUCGGCUUGAGCAAACACCACUCCCUGAUGAGCCUGGACACAACGAAGUGAUCCUGGAGUCUCACACUGUCGGUAUUUGUGGCAGUGAUAUUCACUUUUUAACUGAAGGCCGAAUCGGUCCGUUCGUAAUGAAAGAACCACUUAUAUUGGGUCAUGAAUCGUCGGCAACUGUUGUAAAAGUUGGUCCUAGUGUACAUCAUCUUAAUGUUGGAGAUCGUGUUGCCGUAGAACCGCAAAUUCCUUGUCGAGUAUGCGAGUCUUGCAAACACGGACAUUACAAUGUGUGUCCCGAUACAAAGUUCUUUGCCACACCGCCAUAUAACGGUUCAUUGACUCGACUGUACAAACAUGCCGCUGAUUUUUGCUUCAAGUUACCGGAACACGUUUCUUACGAAGAGGCUAGUUUGAUGGAACCAUUGGCAGUAGCUGUUCAUGCUUGCAGACGUGCUGGUGUUAAGACCGGUGAUGUUGUAUUGGUUGUUGGAGCGGGACCCAUAGGUAUGUCAUCCGUUCUGGUGGCCAAGGCAUUCGGUGCAAGCAAAAUUUUGGUCACUGACAUUAACGCCAAACGAGUUAUGGCAGCCCAUGAAUUGGGAGCCGACUUUUCGUACGUUCUGAAGUCUGGCUCAGACGCUGAAAAAAAUGCAGAAGAAAUUGUGGCAUUGUUAGGCGACGCGCCUCACGUAACAUUGGAAUGUACCGGUGCUGCUGCUGCAGUUUCAUUGGCUCUCUAUGCGACAAGAUUUAGCGGUACUGUGUGCCUAGUGGGUAUAGCUUCGGGACUAUCGAACGUCCCAUUGAUUUAUGCAGUCGCAAAAGAAGUGACGAUUACAACUUCACUGCGAUAUGCAAACUGCUAUCCGUUGGCUCUGUCGUUGAUUGCUGAGGGCAAAGUUGAUCCACGGCCUAUGAUCACACAUAGAUUCGACUUGGAACAUGCACUGGAAGCAUUCGAAACUGUAAAACGAGGUGAAGGUGUCAAAGUGAUGAUAAAAUGUAAACGGGAAUAGAUUUUGCAGCACCAAAUUCUAUGUAGUAGUUAAAUUGCUCCUAAGAGUGUGUUUGUAUUUUCAUUUACGGAAAUUUACGGCUGUUGUCGGUUGAGGAAGGUUUACAUGAUUCAGUUUAAACAAAAAUCAAUCUAAAAUAAAUUGUUGCCUUCCCAGAUUCAUAUCCUUAUCUACGAAUAAAACUUCGUACACAAAGUGCAUAUAUACCACUUAGCACAAGUUUGAGAAAUAAAUCGCACGGAAGACACACAUACAGACGUUUAAUUUGAAAAUUUCAGGAAACAACACAACGCUAAAUUCGUUUGAAAUUUUCUGGAUAUUAGAUCUUAUUAAAAUGCGGUUCAUUUUGAGCAUAAAUUUUGAAGCGAAAACUUUUAGGAAUACAAAGGCGAAGAUGCUUUACUUCUCCACAAAAAAGGAAACCACGGUAACGACUUAGGAAAUUUGGAAUUGAAAUGCAGUGAAGUUAUGUGACGAGUUAUAACAUGAAGUUGGUGAAUAAGUUUAUUAAAUACUUAGGUUUUCCU